CAUAUUGGAUUUAUCAUUCUUCCAUCGCCAAAUCGUUGAUGAAAUGGCAAAAACAGCAAGAGAGGUUUAAGUUUAAGUGUUUAACCAACUCUUCAAUCUCCCGCCCACCAAAGAUCUGUACCAAAAAUCCAACAGAGACGAAGUCAAGAACACAGAAAUGAGGAGGGAUGGAAUACUUGGUGAUAAUGUGAGCAGUGAAGCAAGCAUCGGAUUAGGGAAGAACAGCAAAACUUGGGUGAAGAGGAGAGAGAAAUGGCUAGUAGUUCUGGGAGUAAUUCUUCAUGCUGUAUACAUGUUAAGCAUUUUCGAUAUUUACUUCAAAUCUCCCAUUGUUCAUGGCAUGGAUCCAGUCAAACCCCGCUUUUCGCCUCCGGCUAAACGCCUUGUUCUCCUUGUUGCUGAUGGUUUGCGAGCUGACAAAUUCUUUGAGCCGGAUGAGGAAGGGAAUUACCGAGCACCGUUCCUUAGAAGUGUGAUAAAAGAACGAGGGCGUUGGGGUGUGUCCCAUGCUAGGCCUCCAACAGAGUCAAGGCCUGGUCAUGUCUCUAUUAUAGCUGGUUUCUACGAGGAUCCUAGUGCUGUUACAAAAGGGUGGAAAGCUAAUCCAGUCGAAUUCGAUUCAGUAUUUAACCGCAGCCGUCAUACAUUUUCAUAUGGCAGCCCGGAUAUUGUACCUAUAUUCUGUGGUGCGUUGCCCCACAGCACAUGGAAAUCGUAUCCUCAUGAGUUUGAGGACUUUGCUACUGAUGCGUCCUUUUUGGAUGAAUGGUCCUUUGAUCAAUUUCAAAGUCUUUUGAACAAUUCUAAGGAAGACCAGAACUUGGAGCACUUACUUAAGCAGGACGGCAUUGCUAUAUUUUUGCAUCUUCUCGGUUGUGAUUCAAAUGGUCAUGCUCAUCGCCCGUUCUCAUCUAUCUAUCUCAAUAAUGUUAAGGUUGUGGACCACAUUGCUGAGAGAGUGUAUAAUCUACUUGAGGGCCAUUUCAAGGACAACCGAACUGCAUACAUCUUUACAGCUGACCAUGGGAUGAGCGACAAAGGUAGUCAUGGUGAUGGACAUCCUUCAAAUACUGAUACACCCCUUGUUGCUUGGGGAGCUGGAGUGAAAACUCCCAAGCCUAUCUCCGGUAACCAUUCUGAUUGUGGUUUCCGUUUUGUUGAUGAACAUUCUCAUGACACACCAACACCAAAUGAAUGGGGUCUUGAUGGCAUAGAGAGGGUGGAUGUCAAUCAGGCUGAUAUUUCGCCACUGAUGUCCACUCUACUUGGUCUGCCAUGUCCUGUAAACUCAGUUGGAAGUUUACCUCUUGAUUACAUUGACUUCAAUGAGGCUGAAGAAGUUGAAGCUGUGCUUGCUAAUACCAAACAGAUUUUGAACCAGUUUCUCCGCAAGUCAUAUAUAAAACAGUCCCACUCUAUGUACUUUAAGACUUUCAAGCCGCUGGCCAACUAUUCCAUGGUGUUGGACAAAAUUGAAGAGCUCAUCUCUACUAAAGACUAUCAAAGUGCGAUGGAACUAUCUGAAAAUCUCAGAAAACUGGCACUUCAAGGACUCCAUUAUUUUCAAACUUAUGAUUGGAUGAUGCUCAUGACAGUAGUGAUUCUUGGAUAUAUUGGCUGGAUAUUUUAUCUAGUUGUCCACGUGUUGCAAUCAUAUACCGGCUUGCCUAGUCAGAUGAUGCACAAAGAGGAAGCGGUUCAAACGGAUAACAAGAUGGGAAAGGUCUACAUAUUUGGAAGUUUGCUAAUGGGGGCAUUUUGCAUAGUUCUGUUUAUUGAGCGUUCUCCUCCUCUAUACCAUGCUUACACUGCUAUGACUGUUUUCCUUUGGACACAAAUUUUUAGUCAAUACCAGUUUCUAAAUGCUUUACUGAGAAGCUUUCAGAAGGAGAAAUUUGUUUACGUCAUCAAACUUCUAGCUUAUUGCGCUGUGUCACUGAUUGUUCUCGAAUUUCUGGUAUACAGCUUUACAGAAAGAAGGCUGUACACCUGGUGCUUCCUAAUUGCUGGUAUCGUUGCUCCUUUAUAUCUUCAUCGUGCAAUUCCAUGGAAAUCAUGGAUACCAGGAUUUGUGUGCAUAUCAUGUUGGUCUUUAUCGAUUUUCACAUUGAUGCCAGCAGAAAUUCCUGACAAUACAUUCUUAGUUGUUGUUAGUGGAGCUUUGAUUAUUUUAAUCGGACUAGCUGCAAGAUGGCUAGAACUGCACUACGGGGAGAAUAAAUAUUGGCAGCAUAUUCUUAAUCCUGAAUUGACCAUGCUGAAGUUUCAAAUGCUUUUUCCUCUACAGGCUGUUCUGGUGGGUUUAUCAUCAGUGAUGGUCCCUCUGUCAACAUCACACAGAACUCAAAAGCAAGAAUUACUUGUGUUUCAUCAGUUAACCAAUUGGUUUGUUGCAGGCUUUUCAAUGGUUCUCCCAUUGUUUUCAGCACCUUGCCUUUUGUCUAGAUUGACAUCCAUUUUCCUUGGGUUUGCUCCAGCAUUUUUGCUUUUAUCAAUUGGAUAUGAAGCACUGUUUUAUGCUGCACUUGGUCUAGUACUUAUGGCAUGGAUACUGUUUGAAAAUACGAAUCUCUAUUUGAGUAAGGUGAGUAGAUAUUCAGUUUCUGCAAAGGGUGUGGAUGAGAAGGCCUCUAAUGAGAAUGGAAAUAGAUCUUUGGAGUUAUCAGAUGCGAGAAUUGCGUUGAUCUUUAUGGUCUUGUUCAAUGUUGCAUUUUUUGGCACGGGAAACUUCGCAAGUAUCGCUAGUUUUGAGAUAUCAUCUGUGUACCGGUUCAUCACCAUCUUCAGUCCUUUCUUGAUGGCAGCCCUUCUGAUUUUCAAGCUCUUUAUUCCCUUCAUGCUUGUAAUAUGUGUCUUCAGUGCCAUAACCAAACUGAUCCGAGUCCCACGUCUGGGGUUGUAUUUUCUUGUCAUACUGUUUUCAGACGUCAUGACUAUCCAUUUCUUCUUCCUGGUACGAAAUACUGGAAGUUGGAUGGAAAUUGGGAACAGCAUUAGCCACUUUGGUAUAAUGAGUGCGCAAGUCGUGUUUGUGCUUUUGCUCUUUGCAUUGACAAAUAUAUACACCAAGGACAUCCAAAUUAAAUCUGCUGCUUCAUUGUCCCGAAAAUCAGUUUAAACGUACUACUUAUGUUUAUUAGGGGGUCAUAGCAAUGCUCAGUCAUGCCAUUGUAGCAACUUGAUCCACAAAUUUUGUUAGUCAGGCUUUUUGUUAUAGAUUUCCCCCUCUUGUAAUCCUUUUUGUACAGUAUCUUCAUGAGCAUUAUUUAGUUGAUCUAUUGAAGGUAACAUUGUAAAUGAUGAUAGAAACCAAAUUUGUUUUUUUUUUUCUCUUCUAA